CCAGAUGAGACCAGGUUGCCUACGGAAGAGGCGUACUCUGCGUCCUCCAGCCACGUGCGACCCCAUCCGGCCUGAUUAUUAUUCUGGAGGAACUUUAAGGGAAAGCGUCACUUUGUGGGCUGAAUGGCAGAGAUUCCAACCAUGCUGUAAAUUCUCUUUCCAGUUUCGAUCUUCAAGCCCUCUCCUUCAAACUGCUCCGCAGUUCUGGCUGCGGUUCAUGUCGUAGUUUACACUUUUGGAAUUCGUGUUUUUCGUCAUCUGCAAUGAAGAUCUGUUGGAGGGAGGGAGGGAGGGAGGCGCAGGUGCGUGUGUUAUGUCUUUCCUUGGCUUUGGAGGCUUCUUCUGGACGUCGGGGGGUGAGGUGUCGAGAUUGUAACGAAUGUGGACUGGGGAUUUACUUGCUGCACGAGAUUGAGCCAAUAAGAAACUCUCGGAGUCGUGGCUUGUACCCAACGCCGAUAUUUUGAAAUGGGGGAGGGGAGCAGUUUCGAACCCGAAUUGGCGGAGGGUUUGCGAGGUGUCGGGUUUGUCAUUGCGUGAGUUUCAGCUGGCAUUACACUCCUCCCCACCUGGUCUCAAAGAUCGACCUGCUGGCCACCAACAGAAACCCACCACCCCCACCUCCUCCUCCUCCUUCUGACCUGCGCCGUGCUCUACAAAGCAGUACAGGAGUCGGUACUUCUGUUGCCAAAGACCUAAAACUAGUAAAUAAACUUAGCAACUAUUUGUGCAGAAGCGUCGUGAGAACGAACAAGACGACGAGUCAAUAGCUCAGCGUCGCAAUCUUUUUCGAACUCAUAGCCAGCCAAUUUUCGCCAUGGAAGGAAAGUGCUACCCGAAUUCGAACUGUCUUGAAUCCUUCUCUUGUGAGCCCCAACACGUCCUUGGCUCCACCGGGUAGGACAGGAAUGCUCAGUGGAACCUCAUCCAAACCAAUGCCUCUUAGGACAGAUCCGGGGAAUGUGUCACUGCGGAAGGAAGGGACUGGGAAACAGACGAAGAGUCACGGUGGAGGAAGCAAGCAAGAGAAAACUGCGUUGAAUUGGUUUUCAAGUAAACGGCCGACAGACCUUGAGAUUCAAGCGAACAGGAGGAUGCAAACUGAG